UUUUUUUUUUUGUUUAUUUAUUCCGUUGUUUUUUUCAAUGUUUAUUGAAGAUGUUAUGAUGAAUAAAUUUUGUGCUUGACAUCCCCAUAUACAAAGACUGAACAGAAGAAAAAUAUUUGAAAAAAAAAAAGAUAAAAAAAAGAAGAGAGAAAAAAAAACAUUAAGGAAAGAGAGAACAACAGAAAUAGAAUAAUAAAAUUUUGUAAUAUCUAUUGCAAAUGGGGAGUCCUGGAUUAAGCACUCAAAGUAAUGGGCAGCAGCAACGGCGAUUAGGGAUUACAGAACCCAUUUCCUUGGGUGGACCAACAGAGUAUGAUGUAAUAAAGACUCGCGAACUUGAAAAGUAUUUGCAAAAUGUGGGGCUGUAUGAGAGUCAAGAGGAGGCUGUGAGUAGAGAGGAAGUGCUUGGGAGACUAGACCAGAUUGUGAAGAAUUGGGUGAAAGUGAUUAGCCGUGCAAAAGGGUUGAAUGAGCAACUAGUGCAGGAAGCAAAUGCUAAGAUUUUCACCUUUGGUUCUUAUCGGCUAGGGGUGCAUGGCCCUGGUGCAGAUAUUGACACUCUUUGUGUGGGACCUAGACAUGCAACACGAGAAGAAGACUUUUUCGGUGAGCUACAUAGAAUGCUAUCAGAGAUGCCAGGAGACUUUUUCGUUACAACAGAGUUGCUCCUGUGGCCUGAUUGCCACAUGUUCCCAGUAAUGAGAUUCAAGUUUAAAGGGUGUUUUCAAUUAGAUCUUCUUUAAUGCAAAAGUACUCGAUACUACAAAAUGCAGAUGAACAAACCGUCACAAGACUCGAUACUACAAAAUGCAGAUGAACAAACCGUCCGUAGUCUUAAUGGUUGCAGAGUUACUGACCAGAUUUUGCGUUUGGUGCCAAACAUUCAGAAUUUCCGCACAACAUUGCGAUGCAUGAGGUUUUGGGCAAAGCGACGUGGUGUUUAUUCAAAUGUUUCAGGUUUUCUUGGUGGCAUAAAUUGGGCAUUACUUGUUGCCCGCAUAUGCCAGCUAUAUCCCAAUGCUCCAAAUAUGUUAGUGUCUAGGUUCUUCGGUAAUAUACCUCAGUGGCGCUGGCCAAAUCCAGUAAUGCCUGUGCCAAUUGGGAGAGAAGGAAACUUGGUCCUUCAGGUUAUGGGCAAUUCACGCGAUAAAGAAAAUCCAAAGGAUAGGUUUCACUUGAUGCCUAUAAUUACUCCAGCCUUAUCCUGCAUGAAUCUAAGCUAUAAUGUGUCCUCAAGCACUUUGCGCAUAAUGUUAGAAGAGUUUGGGAGGGGGAAUGAAAUUUGUGAGGCAAUGGAGGCAAGGCUGGCUGAUUGGGAUAACCUUUUUGAGCCUUUUUCCUUCUUUGAAGCAUACAGGAAUUACCUACAGAUAGACAUCAAAGCAGACAAUGAAGAUGAUUUAAGACAGUGGAAAGGGCGUGGAGGUGGUCGGCUCCGUCAGGGCUUUUGCUACGGCCUGCUAUGAAUUGAGAGGCAUACACACAAUAUGCUUCAAUGGCCAUCGCACCCAGGUGAAUUUGUAUGGACAAAUCUAAACCAAUCUAGACCUCUACAUUGUUCUUAUUUUAUGGGUUUGCAACGCAAACAAGGGGUUCCCAUAAAUGAAGGGGAACAUUUUGAUAUAAGGUUAGCAGUUGAGGAAUUUAAACACUCUGUGAACAUAUAUGCUUCAUGGAAGCCUGGAAUGGAGAUCCAAGUAAUCCAUGUGAAACGGAAGAACAUGCCUUCCUUUGUUUUUCCUGGUGGUGUUCGUCCUUCUCGUCCAUCAAAAGCAACUUGGGAUAGUAGGCGCAGCUCAGCUGAAAAGUCAUCUGAAGGUAGAGUUUCAGAUGGAUCAGAUGAUGGAAGGAAGAAAAGACGAAUUGAUGAUAAUGUUGCAAAUACCAUGAAAAACAUGAAGUCCUUUACUGCUGCUCCUUUAGAUGAUGGAAGCCUUUCUGUUGGCAAUGUUGCUGUAGGUGUUAUUUUUAGUGCAAAUGAGAUGCAGGAAAAUAGGGAAGAAAAAACAGAUGGCCUUAAAGAUUUGGAAAAUUUAGCAGGGAUUCCUGCUCAAAAUGCUGAUCUUAAUCUGCAGAGUAAAGAUUUGUCUGCCACCAGGGAUACCCCAUGCUCUAAGGAGGCUGAGAAGCUGGCAAUUGAGACAAUAAUGUCUGGUCCUUAUGUUACUAACCAAGCUUUAUCAGAAGCUUGAAGAAUGAUCGUGAUGCGGAAUCAGGUAAAGAUUCGUGGGAUAAAGAAGGCUUGUGGAUCUUCGUCUACUGCAGCAAAAUUAGCUAAUGCACCUAUAGCUGUACCAAUAAUUUCUGGCAAUAGGAGUGGUUCAUCCAUUUCUUUCUCUACCAAUGGUGGUUUGGAGGAGCUCGAGCUUGCGGAGCUUGAGACGCUAUUGGCCAAUGGGGUCUCUUCUGCUGCAUCUGUGCCACAAAAGAAACCUCUUAUUAGGUUGAGCUUCAAUUUUUUAGGAAAAGCCAGCGGCAAAAGCACAUGAAAGGAUUUCAAAUAUCAUAUGGAGCAAAGCCAGUGGGAGCCUGCUAGGCUUUUUUAGGGUUCUUCCUAUGUAUGAGAUUUCUUUUUUCUUUUUUUUUUUUUUUUUUUUUUUUUUUUUUUUUUU